GAGACUGACCGGCGCAGAAAAAAAAAAACAGACGAGAGACGAUGGCAGCGGCAGGUGCGGAGUCAACGGCAGCCACUGCAGCGGCGGACGGCAGCGAAGUGACCGCAACCGGGGCUUCAGCAUAUGGACGUGAUGCGACAACGUUGCAAGAGUCGUUUGAGACUGUGCGCGAUGUAGCUGAGCGAACCAUCCUGGAGAACCCGCGCCCCACCAAUGGAUCGGGUGUUUGGGGUGCGCUACGCGCCGCCAUUGGCAAGGAUCUGUCUCGUAUCGCCAUGCCUGUGCACUUUAACGAGCCCACCAGCUUCACCCAGCGUCUCGUGGAGGACUUGGAGUACAGCAGUGUGCUCGACCGCGCCGCUGCCGAGUCUGACUCGCUCCGCCGACUUGCCAUUGUCAGCGCCUUCGCCAAUGCCAUGUAUGCCUCCUCAGCGCCUGGCAUCCGAACCUACAAGGCCUUCAAUCCUUUGCUUGGUGAAACUUACGAGCUGAUUCGCCCCGACGAUGGCUACCGCGUCGUCACUGAGCAGGUGUCGCACCAUCCGCCCGUAACGGCACUGCAUGCCGAGUCGGAGCGUGGCUGGGUUUAUCGCCAGCAUUAUGCCUGCGACCUCAAGUUUCGUGGAACGUUGCGUUUGGAUCCCUACGGUAUCGCCGUCGUGGAAUUUCCCAAUGGUGACCGUUUUAGCUGGGUUAAGCCUACCACCGUCGUGCACAACAUCCUUCUCGGCCGCCUCUGGGUAGAACAGGUGCGAAACCUGUUGGCCUGCGCGAUGGCCCUGUUGCAACGGCGUGACUGUUCUUCCAAUAUUCAAGCAUUGUUCGUCAUCCUCUUUUGUUUUCCUGCAGGCUACGUGAAAGAUGCAGAUGGCGUGAUCCGUUACACGCUCCACGGACGCUGGGAUGAAGGCCUGGUCCUUUUGCCUGGCGAAGUGCCGCUCAAAAAGCUCCCCGCCGGCCUCAAGGUCUUGCAAGAUACGCAUGCCGAUCAUGUCUGGAGCGCCAACCCGCUGCCCGCCUCCCACAAACCCUUUUAUGGCAUGACAACCUUUGCCAUGGGCCUGAAUCAAAAGCUGGUAUGCAAUGACCACAUGUCCACCUCUGAAGCGGCUCACGGUGAUAACGUGUGCCCGACCGACUCCCGUCUGCGACCGGAUCAACGGCUGCUAGAGGACGGUGAUUUCAUGAGGUCGACCGCAGAGAAGGAGCGACUUGAGGUUAAGCAGCGUGCUGCUCGUGCCGCCCGCGAAGAGCAACAGGCUGAAUGGCAACCUCGGUGGUUUUCCAAGGUCAUGGACCCUCAGCUAGGCCGUGAACUCUGGUCUUAUCAAGGCGGCUACUGGGAUGCCAAGGCUGAUGGCUCCUUCAAGGAUGCCUCCCGCUUUCCAGACAUCUUUUAAAUUCCUUGCCCCGCGUUUUAUCCCACACGUGUGUCACCGCCAUUCACGUGACUUGUGGCAUGUAAAUUGAGUUUUUUUUUUGG